AUGACUUUUUAUUGCAGAGCUUUCAAAUAUCGUUCUGCCGGGGGAGAUGAAUUAUGUGACAUAUAUGGAGGAGAGGAAGUCAUCGAGGGAGUCGAGAGAAAAAGAAACGCUGGAGAACAUUGCCAAGUCGCAAGAAAAGCAGAAGGGCCGUGGAGUGCUGAAGAUGACGACCUGGUGGAAGCUAUUGUCGGACAAGUCAAACUAUAUAAGUCGUCUUUCAAAACACUGCAUGGGACAGAGUGGCUGGUUGAUGAGGUGAUUGAUGCAUACCUUCAUCACCUGAUUGGAAAGCAUCAGGAACCUAUUCACCAGUUCGAUGCAGUAGUUUCAUCGGCAUUAUUUUCUGGAAAAUUGGAUAGACUUGGAAAGAUGAGGAUUCCUGUGGAAGAUCUCUGGCUGUGCCCUGUGAACUUCGGGGCUCACUGGAUUCUAGUGAUUGUCAUCAUGUCAAAGAAGGUUAUUGUGCUAAUGGACCCACUAGGAAAUGAACAUAAUUAUGUAUGCAAAGUACAGCACAACUGGAGUAUGUUCUUGGAGAAGUAUAUUCCUGAAGAAGAAGUAGCCCAAUGGAAUAUCCAUGUUUUGCAUCACAGCAACCAGGAGGAUUCCAGCAGCUGUGGAGUUUUGAUCUUGAUGUUUGCCAAGGAGUUUCUUCAGACCAGAACCAUACAGGCAGUGAAGACCUCUGCAGAAGAUGUAGCUAAUGCUCGACUGGAAAUAUCGUCUGCCCUACUCCAGUAUAAAGUUCCAGAGGGAAGGAGCAAACCCAUUUGAGGAGUCCCUGCAUAAGAGACUAUUGGAUAUUGAAGGGCUG